AUGGCUAUAGUUAAACGAGGUGGCCGAAGCAAGGUUAAGCAACAACAGCAAGUUCCAGCUAGGCAGAAUGGAGCAAAUGGCGGUGGAGGUGCAGGUGCUCAAGGUAUUCGUAAAGCGGAAUUUGAUAUAAGCAAGAAAAAGGAGGUUGGUGUUUCGGACUUGACGCUUUUGUCCAAGAUCACAGAUGAGGCUAUCAACGAUAAUUUACAUAAACGGUUUAUGAACGACACGAUAUAUACAUAUAUUGGACAUGUGUUGAUUUCCGUGAAUCCGUUUAGAGAUUUGGGCAUUUACACCCAGGAAAAUCUCAACAAGUACAAGGGCAGGAACCGGCUAGAAGUGCCCCCGCACGUUUUUGCCAUAGCAGAGUCUAUGUACUACCACUUGAAGUCAUAUGGAGAAAACCAGUGUGUUAUUAUUUCAGGAGAAUCUGGUGCAGGUAAAACCGAGGCGGCUAAACAAAUUAUGCAGUAUAUUGCAAACGUCUCCGUAGACUCGGGUAACGCCGAGAUUUCAAAGAUCAAGGAUAUGGUAUUGGCAACAAACCCUCUUUUGGAAUCGUUUGGCUGUGCAAAGACCUUGAGAAAUAAUAACUCGAGUAGGCACGGUAAGUACUUGGAAAUCAUGUUUAGCGAGACAGCUUUUCAGCCAGUCGCAGCACACAUCACAAACUAUCUCUUGGAAAAACAACGAGUAGUAUCUCAAAUCACCAAUGAAAGAAACUUUCACAUUUUUUAUCAAUUUACAAAACAUUGCCCACCUCAGUACCAGCAACAAUUUGGAAUACAAGGGCCUGAAACUUAUGUUUACACUUCGGCCGCCAAAUGUAUAUCCGUUGAUGGAGUAGAUGACGGCAAGGAUUUCAAGGACACUUUGAAUGCCAUGAAUAUCAUUGGUUUAUCUCAACUGGAGCAAGAUAAUAUUUUUAGAAUGUUGGCAUCGAUCUUAUGGAUAGGAAACGUAUCUUUUGUUGAAGACGAAAGUGGGAACGCUGCAAUUCGUGAUGAUAGUGUCACUAAUUUCGUUGCUUACCUUUUGGAUGUCAAUGCAGAGAUUUUGAAAAAGGCUAUAACAGAAAGGACAAUUGAAACAUCCCACGGUAUGAAAAGGGGAUCAACAUACCAUGUGCCCUUGAAUAUUGUCCAGGCUACAGCUGUGCGAGAUGCGCUCGCGAAAGGUAUAUAUAACAAUCUUUUUGACUGGAUUGUAGAAAGAGUUAACUUGUCGUUAAGUGGAAGGCAAGAACAAUCCCAAAAAACUAUUGGAAUUCUUGAUAUUUACGGAUUUGAGAUUUUCGAGCAUAACUCAUUUGAACAAAUAUGUAUAAACUAUGUGAAUGAGAAAUUGCAACAAAUUUUUAUACAGUUAACGUUGAAAGCUGAACAGGACGAAUAUGUACAAGAACAAAUUACAUGGACACCUAUUGAGUACUUUAACAACAAAGUUGUUUGUGAUUUAAUUGAGGCAACAAGACCACAACCAGGUUUGUUUGCCGCGCUAAAUGACUCGAUCAAAACCGCUCAUGCAGAUUCAGACGCUGCUGAUCAAGUUUUUGCCCAAAGAUUAAGUAUGGUUGGUUCCAGUAAUCGCCACUUUGAGGAUCGUAGAGGGAAAUUUAUCAUUAAACAUUAUGCCGGUGAUGUUACCUACGAUGUUGCUGGGAUGACCGAUAAGAACAAAGACGCUAUGUUGCGUGAUCUUUUGGAACUAUUGAAUACUUCUGCUAAUACUUUUGUUAAUCAAACUUUAUUCCCAUCCGAGUUGUUAGCAGCAGUAGCGGAUUCAAAGAAAAAGCCAGAGACUGCGUCUGAUAAAAUUAAAAAGAGUGCAAACGCUUUAGUUGACACUUUGUCGCAAUGUACUCCUUCAUAUAUUAGAACUAUUAAACCGAAUCAAACAAAGAAACCGCGUGAUUAUGAUAACCAGCAAGUUUUGCAUCAGAUCAAGUAUUUGGGUCUUAAAGAAAAUGUGAGGAUUAGAAGAGCAGGAUUUGCAUACCGUUCUACCUUCCAGCGAUUUGUUCAAAGAUUUUAUUUGUUGUCUUCAGCUACAAGUUAUGCCGGAGACUAUAUAUGGCAAGGAGACGACAUUACUGCUGUAAAGGAAAUAUUAAGGGCAUGUCAUAUUCCAGCAUCGGAAUAUCAGCUAGGUACAACAAAGGUAUUUAUUAAGACUCCCGAGACGUUAUUUUUAUUGGAAGAUAUGAGAGAUAAGUAUUGGCACAACAUGGCGGCUCGAAUUCAAAGAGCAUGGAGACGAUAUGUCAAAAGAAAAGAGGAUGCUGCGAAAGUGAUCCAACGUGCAUGGAGAACCAAAACUCAUGGAAAUCAAUUUGAACAGUUUCGUGAUUACGGAAAUAGCUUAUUGCAAGGUAGGAAAGAGCGUAGGAGGUUUUCGAUGUUGGGAUCACGUGCCUUUAUGGGAGACUAUUUGGGAUGCAACGAUAGGAGUGGAUUUGGUAGGUUUGUCGUUAAUCAAGUUGGUAUAAAAGAAAAUGUAAUUUUUUCAACGAAAGGAGAAAUAUUGUUAUCAAAGUUUGGACGAUCAUCUAGGAGAUUACCAAGGAUUUUUGUUUUGACUAAAGCAAGUUUAUAUGUUAUUGCAGAAGUUUUGGUUCAAAACAGGUUGCAGUUGCAAAAGGAGUUUGUACUUCCAGUGCAUUCAAUAAAAGGUGUUGCCUUGUCGAUAUACCAGGAUAAUUGGGUUGCUGUUUUGUUACAGAGUCCAACUCCAACCACUCCAGAUGUGUUUAUCAAUAUGGAUUUAAAGACAGAAUUUGUUGCUCAAUUAAAGAAAUUGAAUCUGAGCUUGUCAAUUACCAUUGGUCCAACAGUGCUGUAUCAGAAGAAACCAGGUAAACUUCAUGCUGUUAAAUUUCUGAUUGGCUCUGGAUCCCAGAUACCACCAAGAGGAGAUGUAUAUAAAUCUGGAACAGUAUUGGUGAACCAGGGUUUACCGGCUAAUAGCCAGAAUCCUAAACGACCAAGAGCAAAAUCCAGUAAGGUUGACUAUAAUAAAUAUUAUAACAGAGGAACGGCAAAGAUAAAUUCGGUUUCAUCUUAUCAACCGAAAGCAACGGCAGACUAUCGUUUCGAGCCUAGCUAUGCCCAGCAGCAGGAGACGCAACACCAAACACAACAUCAACACCAGACACAACAGCCGCAGAUACCACAGCGCAUGCAACCAGGUGCCCAACAUUUGCAGCAGCAACACCAGCAACACCAGCAACACCAACAACAACCCACGCGCUCGCCCACUCAAACACGUAAGGCACCUCCACCAGCGCCAAACAUGCAAAUUGCAGCAGCAAAAGCUGCUCUAGGAAAAGCACAUACAUCUUCACAAUCUCACACUUUAAACAAACCUGCGGCUCCUGCUAGACCUGCUAAAAAAGUUGCUCCUCAACCUCCAGCAAAGAAAGCUGUUUCACCUCAACCCAUAAAGAAGGCAUCUGCAUCUGCAUCUGGUUCUACAUCUGGAUCUGCAUAUGGUUCUACAUCUGGAUCUGCAUAUGGAUCUUCAUCUUCUUCUCAUCCUCCACCGCCACCACCGCCCCCGGCUUUGUCGAAACCCAAGUUUCCCACUUAUAGGGCUAUGUACGAUUACGAUGGUUCUGUUGCAGGCUCGUUGCCUCUUAUUAAGGAUACGAUAUACUAUGUUGAACAAAUCAAUGGCAAGUGGGGGUUAGUCAAGACAAUGGACGAAUCAAAGGAAGGCUGGUCACCAAUUGAUUACCUUCAAGAGUGCAGUGCAACACAAGCAAUAAAUAACAAUGCUGAUUCAAGUAGAAGUACAUUAACAACGUCUAACCCAGUUAGCACAACUACUGGCUCAAGUACAUACACAACAACACAAACGCAAGCACAAGCACAAGCACAAGCACCAACGAUGGCUACUCAAAAUGGCAGUUUAGGUAAUGGUUUGGCAGAUGCCUUGAAGGCCAAAAGGAGCGAAGAAACAACUUUAGCCGGAUCUCUUGCAGAUGCUUUGAAAAAGAGACAGGACGCUACAAGAGACGAUAGCGAUGCAGAGGAGGAGGAUGAUGAUGACUGGUAA